AGAGCUGCUGGAAUGAUGGCAGAAGGGGGAGCGGAAACAGAGGCUGAAGUGAGGAAUAGGCUGCAGGAACUUGUAGACAAACUUUAUCAUUUUCGGGACCACUAUUUUGACAGCCACAGUGUGGAAGAUGCUAUUCGUAAACCGUUUCGAUGUGAAGCAGGAAAUGGAGCAGACCGUUUUUCUGAUAGAGGAGAUUGAUGAUGUUUGGAAGAACAAGGCCUCCUUCUUGAUGCUGAAGGGAAAAGCUCUCAAUGUAACACCCAACUAUUGUUCAGAAGCUGAAGAGCUCCUGUCUAAAGCUGUUAAGCUGGACCCUGGAAUGGUUGAAGCUUGGAAUCAGCUAGGAGAAGUGUACUGGAAAAAAAUGGAUGUAACAUCUGCUAAGACCUGUUUUUUGGGGGCUCUCAACCAUUGUAAGAACAAGGUCUCCUUGCGUAACCUGUCAAUGGUGAUGAGACAACAACGAUCACAAGAUGCUGAUGAGAAUUCCGGAAACAUCAUGGACAGUGUGAAGCAAGCAAAGCAAGCUGUGCAGAUGGAUACAAGAGAUGGGACAUCCUGGUACAUCCUGGGCAAUGCAUAUCUCUCUCUGUUCUUCUGCACUGGACAGAACCCAAAAAUUUCUCAGCAGGCUCUGAAUGCCUAUCUGCAAGCGGAGAGAGUUGAUAAGACUGCCUCCAGUAACCCAGAUCUGCACCUUAACCGAGCAACUUUGUGUAAAUAUGAGGAGAACUACCAGGGAGCUCUGGAUGGUUUCUCGCGAGCCGCCGCUCUGGAGCCUUCAUGGACUGAACUGUGAUGAGGGAAGAACAACUGCUUGAUUAUCUGGGCAGACUGUGUGGCCUGCUGAACAACAAGGGGAAGAUACGUGGAAAGCGACUACAGAAUAUGCUGAGUAGUUUAGGUCCUGUUCUUCUGGGUCAUUAUGGGGGCCUCCAGCUAAAACCACUUAGUGCUCUGCAACCAGGAAGAAACCCUGGUUGUGUGGUUCUUGGAAGAGUUGUAUUCAGCCUAAUGCCUGAGGAGCGAGUGCCAUUUACGUUUGGGCUUGUGGAUGCUGAGGGGACAUGUUAUUCUAUAAUGGUUUACAACAUGGUGGAAAGCUGGGGAGUCUUGAUUGCAGAUUCUGUGACCAUCCCAGAGCCCCACCUUAAACACCACAAUGUACAGCAUAAAGGACAGACUUUUGUUUUCCAAAGUAUACGAGUUGACUCUCCAGUUCAGUUGUUAGUGAAUGGCAAGCCCCAGGGACCAAGCACUCAGGCCAGUGCAACAGUGGCUUACAGACCCCAAAGCGAGUAA